GUAAAACGCAAACUUUCCAAAUAAACGAAAUUAUGAAUCAUUAGAAUUAGUUGUGUAACUUUGAGAUUUCAAUAUUGAGCUCAAGCAGGGCGUAGUCUCCAGCAUGUUUUCGACAAUUUUAAUUAUAUCCGCUGCAAUAAUUCAUGUUUGCUAUGGGCAAGUGUCACCAUGCAGUAAAACAAACCGUGCAUCAGAUCUUGACGCAUGUUUAAAUGAAAUUCGAACCAUUGCCCAAAAUGAUGACUGGUUUUGGUACGGGAGAAGUUACUUCACGCUAUGCCCAGAGGAAAAACGUCAAGAAAUCGGAUGUUUGAAUAAUGACGCAGAUCCCAAUAGAUUGUCUCUUGCUGAUAAAAUGUUUACAAAGGGGACUUUUGAUCCUAUGGCCUUGGAUCGCUACAUAGAUGCCGCCUAUGUCUCUCCACCUGGACAGUAUAUGGGAUGUGACCACCUAUAUGUAACGGAGAACACCACAAGUUUUGAAAUCGACCCCAUUCUCAACACCACCCAUAACCCAUGGUCACUACGGAUUCUGCCAGAUAUGAGUUGGACAAGUAAUGCUGAUGAUUACUUCACGCUUUUGGUCAUAGAUACCAGUAAUGGAAUUCGCCAUGGCAUCUUUAUUAACAUCAAGGAGAGCAAUAUGAGCACAGCAGAGGUUAUAAAAAAGUACCAUGGGCCUAUGAAUCCAACUAGCAAGGAGAAUGUAUAUGCAUUUAUUUUGUUAAAACAAAAUGCUGGCAAUAUGAGUCUAGGUCCAGGCUGGGCGGAAAAGAUAGCUGCUUCAAUGAUUCCUAUGAAUAUCAGUAACUUCAUUACUGAACACGGACUACAAGGGCCCAUAGCUUUAAAUUGGAUGAAAGCCCGCAAUGAUCCAUACUCAGUUACUGGUGCCUUCUACAUCGAGAACUGUGUGCCUUUUAUACAAGAACGUGCAAUUGCCCAGAACCGACCAUUUCUGAAGCCAGAUAUGUCACUUGAUGUGCGUGUGGAUAUCAGCUUUACAUCUGAGCCAAUUGCUUUCACCAGUUGCUGCAAUGACUAUAACUACCCGUUACGUAGCUUUAAACUUGACCCGAUUGGAGAUGGCAUCACAAAUGCUGCUGAAGUUAGGACGGGUGGUUCCUCACGUACCUAUGACCUCAAAAUGAGAAAACUUGGACCAAAUCCUUCUGAUUUUAUUGGCAUCCACUAUUCCCUGGUGAUGAUUGACCCAGAUGUCCCAGCAGCCCAAGUUGGCAACAAAUCACACCCUCUGCUUCACAUGAUUGUCAUGAACAUACCUAUGGGUAAUGUCUCCAAUGGAGAAGUAAUGGUUUCAUACAAUGGCCCCAUGCCCCCAGAUCAGUUGCCACACACUUACUACUAUCUCCUCUACAAGCAACAAGGUGCCCUGAACACGUCUAUCUGGGGAAGUUAUGCUGGAAACUGCCCUGAAAGAUUAGCUGGAAGAUGCUUGUGGGACAUUGAGAGAUUCGUGACAGAGAAUUCCUUGAUGUUGAGUGGUGCCACCUGGAUGAGAACAUUUAACGACGCAUAUGUCAAUCAUACAAAAAUUGUUGCCGGUGGAGAUGAGGAUGAAUUCUGCGUAAAUAGUCCAAAUUAUCCAUGCCCCACUUCUGGAACUGCAUUUUUGGGAAAUUCUUUGGAACUACUUUUUUCCGUCAUUUUUCUGUUCAGCAUUUACAUUCAAUAAUUUGAAAAUAUGCAGUACAUGUACUUUACAUGAUAUACAUAUGAGGGGUUUCAUUUGGAAACAGACAACAAAGUUGAACGAUAUUUUUUUGCAAAAUUGCCCAUCUUAAAGUUAUAAAAAAUUUCAAUUAUUGUCCUUGUUUUUUUUGUUUUUUUCUGUUGUCUGAAGUUCUGAUGAAACCCUGAUUAUAUGAAGGAAAUCUGAUGAUAUUAUUUUUAUAUGGAUAUAUUUUAAUAUAAAUUUCUGCUCAAUCCCUUACUGGGAAAUCGAUUCAUGCCUGUUGGGGAAAACAAUCACAUCUACAGGGUGUCUCAAAAAUGAGACAGAAAUAACCAAAAUUUUCAUAUGAUAAUGAAAAUUCAUUUUUCAAUCAGUAGUUAGAAAUUCUUAAAGAUUUGUAAAUGACUUACUUAAAAACUUACUAUCCAUUCAAAUACUCUUCUACUUUUUAGUUUUCUAUUCAUUUCAUAGUGCAUAAUAAUGUUCAAACUGCCAAUCUCAAACUGCAUCAAACAUUGCUGUUUAUGAAACAGUGCUGGACAGCGCUGUAAAAACAGAACUGUACAUUGCUGUUUUCUAAAACAGUACUGUACUACGCUGUUCAUAACAGAUGAUGUUAGAAUAGCACUUUACACCACUGUACAGUGCAGUCCUCGAACUGCACUGUUCAGUACUGUUUACUGCAAGAUGAUGUUUUGGAUUAGGGGUGUAUACUUCAGAGAAAUUAAUCUACAUAUACUUUUUAUGCAUUGAUGUAUUCUGUGAUUAUUUUGUGCAAAAUCCCUGUCAAGUCCUCAAAGUAAUAAUUGGAGGAUAAGAAACAUUCAUGUUUGAUGAUCACAGUUUAUUUUUGUGCUUGAUAUCUGUAUACCACUAAGUUAAUACUAUAGUAAUUGUAUUAACAAUUUAGGUCAAUUUAUUUCCAAUAUCAGUAGGUUGAUAAUAUAUCGACCAAUACUAAGUGUUACAUGUACUUUAUUCAAAUGGUACAUGAGUGAGUUCAUGUGAAAUGUUUCUUUUAUUAAUGGAACACUAUUUGUUCAACUCUUUGAUAUUUGAGUCUACAAUUACAUAUUACAUUCCUGUUUCAAUAUGCAAUCCUAUUGUUUGUAUAUCUGUAUUUUACAUAUCAAAUUAUUUUUAUAACAAUGAUAUAUAAAUAAAAGUAUGUUAAAAUAAAUUUAUUCCAUUUAUACACAUAUACAUUGUAUAGAAACUGUAACAGUUAUAUUAUACACAGAAGUAAAAAGAGUUUGUCAAAAUAUACAACGCUCUUUAUCAUAGGGGAAUAAACUUUUGCCAAUAAGAAUAUCCAUGUAUUUUAAAAUCCAACAACAUAUUAUUGGGGUAGGGAAUUCAUGGUUAGUUAAGUUGAUAGAAUGCUUUUUACAUUCCCUGUAUGGGAAUAUUAUACAAUAUGCAAUAUUUGUUGUACAUAUCAGCUGAUA